GCUUUCUUCAAUUCUUCAACGAAAAGGUGGAGACCGGAGAUUCGUCGCCGGAGACUGAAGCUUCGGAGAGGAGGAGGAGCAGCAGGAGAAAUGGAAGAUGGAAGAGAAGGAGAUUGGGAGUGUUUAGGUUGCAAUAACAGGAACUACGCGUUUCGAUCAUUCUGCAACAGAUGCAAGCAGCCUCGUCUAUUCAUGGAUAACAACACCUCCCAAAAUUCCAAGUGGCUUCCUCGUAUCGGUGAUUGGAUCUGCACUGGUUGCACUAACAACAAUUAUGCAUCACGAGAAAAGUGUAAGAAGUGCGGACAACCAAAGGAAGUAGCAGCUUUGUCAGCAGCAGCUUCUCUUCAGAGUCAUCUCAGUUACUUCGCCCGUGGACCUGAUCCAGUCGACCAACUUGGUUCUUUACUCCCUUUCUCUAAUCAAGCUUCGGCUGUUAAAGAGUGGAGGAGCGGUGACUGGAUCUGCGCAUGUGGGUUUCACAACUAUUCCUCUCGUAUACAGUGCAAAAAGUGCAAUGAAACAGCGCCACUAGCACUUGGAGCGAAGAGAUUAGCAUCAGAAGUUUUGGCUCAUGAAUGGGAUGGCAAAAGAUUGAAUCAAGGAUAUGCAAGCAUGCAACCACAGUCAUCGUUAUAUGCAUCUUUUCCUGGUAUAAGCUCAGGCAGUAUCUCAAACUGGCAACUUCCUCUCCCGUUUCUUCAGCAACAGUUAACACCUGCUUUACUUGGAAAGGGAGCAAAACAAUGGCGUGAUGGAGACUGGAUGUGCAAAAACUGCAAGAAUCAUAAUUAUGCAUCUCGAUCAGAGUGCAAUAGGUGCAAGACUAACCGAGAUAUCAUUGAGCAAGCCAUAACUCCGGCACAAUCUUGAAGAAUCAAGAAGAGUGUUCUUUUACUGUCAUUACAAAAAUACUCGGUAUCUCAACCUUGUUUGAUUUGGGUACACAUUACUCGAAACUGGCAAGAAUAUAAGCCCCAAAAUGUUCUAUAACAGAGAAAGCGAAAAGCUUGUUUAGCCCUU